AUGUCUGCUCUCCUCACCACCAUCGGCCUCCGUGCCGCCCCCGGCCAAACAGCCGCCAACCACGCCUCCGGCUUCUUGAUUGCCAACUGGGUGUGGGCUUUCUGCCUCAUGAGCAACCGCGGUGCCAAGGUCCGUCUUGGUAUCGAUAACAAUGUGUGCCCGCGGGAGGACUUGACCACCUUUGGCGAGGCAGCUGUCCAGGCUGGCAAAAUCAGUCGCAGCACACUCAACAAGCUGAAGCGUCGGGAGGCUGCCCAUGCGAAUGCCCAGGAGGGAUAUCCUUUGUUCGUGGCGGCGAUUUUGAUCUCGCUUUUCGCUGGUGUUCCCAACGAGACCAUCAACACCAUUGGCUUGUGGUAUACGAUUUCACGUGUGGCGUACAGUGUGCUCUACACAAAGAUCACCACGAAGCCUGCCAGCUUCCUGCGCUCGGUGGCUUGGUGGUCUGGCAACAUCAGCUGUAUUUAUGGCCUGAUCCAAGCCAGCAAGAAGCUAUAA